UGCAUAGGUCAUCAUACUCAACCCAUCGUCUCAUCUUGGAUACCAGUUGAAGCAUGCAGCGCUUCAUGGCGCACACCGCUAUGAUGAAGCGAUCGAGUCCUUUGAAAUCAUGCUCUCCAGAUUAGACAAUACUUCUGAGAUGCAGCUACGAGAGCUGCGUCAGCAGUAUCUCAGUCUAUCCGAAGCAGACGAUGCUAUUCGAAAAGUCAUUUACGCUCAACUCGACGACGCCCCACAUCGUCUACUAGACACCACUACUGGGCUCCUGUGUGAUCGAGAGGCGCAGAUAUGCGCCUUCAAACUGAGCACCGAAUACAAGGGACUUCUGUCGUUCAUAAUCAAGCAUGCGGAGAUCCAAACGGCGCACAUCAAAGAAGUGGUAGCGUUCUACUUCCGUUGUGUCAUGUUAUCACACAUGUGGGUGGGGAAGGAGCCACUGCUGCGUGACAUCAAGGACAAGGUCGUGUACAAGUUGAACCCUGUCGAUGGUAUCGUGAAGUUGCAAUCGUUCUGCAAAACUGCACGCAACAUAGGCUAUCGAUGGGCGUGGAUUGAUACUUGUUGUAUUGACCAGAAGAAUAAUGUCGAGCUCCAAAAAUCACUCAAUUCCAUGUUUGACUGGUAUCGUCACUCGGCACUCACAAUUGUCUACCUUGCGGAUGUUCCGGCUUUGUCCAAGUCUGGUGCACUGACAAGAAGUGCUUGGAAUACGCGUGGAUGGACUCUCCCGGAGUUCCUUGCACCCGAAAUCGUUCUCUUCUACCAAAGAGAUUGGACGCUAUAUCUCGAUGACCGCUCUGGCAAUCACAAGGAGUCUUUUAUAAUCAUGGGGGAGUUGGAGAAUGCAACGGGCAUAGAUGCACAUGCCCUAGUCACCUUCCGUCCGGGAAUGGUAGGCGCCCGAGAGAAGCUACGAUGGGCGUCGAUGCGUGUCACAACAGUGCAGGAAGAUGUUGCAUACUCAUUGUUUGGCAUUUUCGGCAUCCACCUACCUGUUAUUUAUGGCGAGAAGAAGCAAAAUGCACUCGGACGGCUGCUGCAGGAGAUUGUGGCUCAGUCGGGCGACAUUACUGCGCUGGACUGGGUCGGAAAAUCAUCCGAGUUUAAUAGUUGCCUUCCAGCCGACAUUACUUCAUAUAAAAUCCCACCAUGCGUGCUGCCAUCUUUGUCCGAAGAUGACAUCCAGACAUCGGUCUCAUGGCUGCAAAAUGCCGUGGAUAUUGAUGCAGCUCUGAAACUUUAUAACUUGCUUGACAGUCUGGGUGCUCCUCAUUUCAUGAACCGCAGAUUGCGUCUGCCUUGUAUCGCAUUCCCUGUCACAGAAGUCAGACGAAACCAUGCUCAAGACCGGGAGGCAUAUUUCGCGUAUCAAGUCAAGGCAAACGGACUUCGCGACCUGCUGAUCACCACGGAAGACAAGCUGACACAAUUUUCGCGGGCAAAGUCCACUCUGCAGACAUUCUUACUCGUCCGUCCGUGGGACCCUUAUCUCCUGGAGCUGCCCGACUUUGCAGACAAUUGGUCUGUGCGGGGGUCUAUGUUUUAUGAUACUUUUAGCAUGUUUUCUGGUGAAACAGGGCCAAUUGAUCCGCAGUCGCACUCACGGGCGUUGCGAUUGAUUGUUCGCCUUGGACAGCCUUUUCGCGCGUUUCUGCUAGCGCGGCAGCGCGGUGGAGAAUACAAGAGAAUCGCGUCAGAUCGCGAUAUCAUUGCUCAAGUCAAAGACGUGGCGGGUUCUGUUCACAAAAUGCAUGUUAGGACACUGGAAAUAUCGUAAUUGUACGCAUUUUUGCUUCCUGUGAACGAGCGCAGCUCGUACAGAAAUAUCUCUCAAUAUUGUAGAUAGUAGUUGGCUGUGUUACACAGUGUAUGCCACUAGUACGCGGAUACUAUUUCUUUUUCCCAUCAAUCAU